GGAUAUUAUGACCCGACCCGAAUGCCCAGAUAAGCAAACGCUGUUCUGCAGCAAACAUCGUUAAUAGGAUAAGGCUUUCUUCUUCCUGCAACAAGUCUUGUUGAUUUCCAUGAAUUCUUCUUCCUUCAUUUCUUAACUCUUAACAAAGAAAAAGAAACCUAAAUUUCCACACUGCUCAUACCCAAAAUGGGUUCCAUUGUUCUGCCUCAGGCUUUAUUUGUGGUUCCAAGAAACCCCACAAGAUGUACUGCUCCACAGAAGCUGGCAUUUUCUGCCUGCGUCUCUCGAAGACCUUCUCAGUUGAAUGUUCCCUUGUUUUCUGCUUCUGGGUUGUUAUGUUCAAAGUGGGAAAAUCGUUCUUUUGUUGUUAGAGCUGAAGCUGAAUCUCAAGAGGAACCGGAAGCUGCUGAGACAGAGGUUGAAGCUGAAGCUGAUGCUGCAGUUGCAGUUGCAACAGAGGAAAGACCACCAUUUAAGCCGAGAGCUAAGCUUGGAGAUAUAAUGGGGAUAUUGAACAAGCAAGCAAUCGAGGCAUCGGAUACUGUGAGGCCUACACCAGACAUUAGGACUGGUGAUGUUGUUGAGAUCAAAUUGGAAGUCCCAGAGAAUAGGAAGAGAUUGUCUAUUUACAAAGGUAUAGUCAUUUCAAAACAAAAUGCUGGUAUCCACACGACAAUUCGCAUUCGGAGGAUUAUUGCUGGCGUUGGAGUUGAAAUAGUAUUCCCAGUGUAUUCACCAAAUAUCAAGGAGCUCAAAGUAGUUAAGCACCGAAAAGUCAGGCGUGCAAGAUUGUACUAUUUGCGCGACAAGCUCCCAAGGCUCUCCACUUUCAAAUGAGAGCCCAGUCCUUAUAGUUGGCCUCUUUCAACUGUCCUUUUCCUUGACAAUUUUUGUACCUUUUCUUUUUGGCAAUUCAAAGUCUUGGAAGUGUAAUUUACAUCAGACAUUGCUGAAUAGGUUGUUAUUCAUUCUUUUUGUGUAGUGCUGUUUAAUUUGUGCAAUUGUGCUUA